AUGCAACCACAAGUGUUGAAUCGAGGAAUUUCAUACGCCCUGAAGGGCGAGCAGAGUUUGUUUGCUUACUUCCGACCGAAAUCAACUCCCACUAGGAGCGGUCACUUUGGUAGUCACCGUACCGCGCACUCUACUUCGACGUGCCGAGCGUCGCUAAAAACCGGCAUAGUCGGACUUCCCAACGUCGGGAAGAGCACGUUAUUUAAUGCACUCGUGGAGAAUAGUCGCGCGCAAGCCGCAAAUUUCCCUUUUUGUACUAUCGAGCCCAACUUUGGAAUCGUUCCAGUGUCGGACAAGCGUUUGGAGACCCUCGCGGCAAUAUCUCGAUCCUCAAACAUCGUUCCUGCCACCGUAGAAAUUGUCGAUAUCGCCGGGCUUGUCAAAGGAGCAUCCGAGGGUGAAGGUCUGGGGAACAAAUUUCUGGCAAAUAUCCGUGAGUGCGACGCUAUUGUUCAUGUAGUGAGGUGUUUCAAUGAUGAUAACAUCGUUCACGUGAAUGGCAUCGUCGAUCCAAGAAGAGACGCAGCAAUCAUUAACACCGAGCUCGCCUUGGCCGACAUGGGACAAAUUCAGAAAAGAAUGGAAAAGAUCCAAAAGGCAAAAGGAAAAGUGUCCGUUACUGGGCAAACAGCAGAGUCUGAACUUAAAGUUCUUGCUGAUAUCUUGAGUCAACUUGAGCAAGGAAAACAAGUGAGACAGAUGGAACUCAACGACGACGAUCGAUACAUAAUCACGGAGCUACGCCUGCUGACAGCAAAACCCUGCAUUUACGCGGCGAACGUGCCAGAAGGCGAUCUAGCCACCAAUGGUGCUGAUAACGUGCAUUUUAAAGCUCUUGCCGACUUCGCAGUGGAGAGUGGUGCAGGGAUCACCUGUGUUUCUGCGCAAGUUGCGGCUGAACUAAAAGAUCUGACCGAAGAAGACCGUGUUGACUAUUUAUUGUGCAUCGGUACAAACAGCGAUGGAACAAGCGAGCUCAUCGAAACAGCUUAUCGCCAGCUAGAACUGCUCACCUAUUUCACAACAGGUGAAAAAGAAACGCGUGCUUGGACUAUUCGCCGUGGAUUCACUGCACCUCAAGCUGCAGGAGUCAUACAUACGGACUUUGAAAAAGGUUUUAUCAAAGCUGAAACAGUCCACUACGACGAUUUCGUGAGCAGUGGUGGGUUCACUGGUGCAAAAGAAAAUGGGCUGUUACAGUUGGAGGGAAAAGACUACGUCGUUCAAGAGGGAGACGUGAUGGUGUUCAAAUUCAAUGUGUAG